AGAGGACCUAGGAAAAUUUAAUCUAUUAUUGUUUGUUGCAGCAACGACAGCUGGCAAAGAGAGGAGGUCGCCGGAGCAGGAAGAGGUCAGAGCCUCCCCCACUCCUGGACCUCCCAGCCCACAGAACAACGGAACUACAGCGGCGCUCUCCUCCACGGAAUCCCUCUCGCCCCCGCUGUCGGAGGCGUCCCGCGCGCCGGCCCUGCAGCGCUUGCGCCGCUUCCUGUCAGCGCUGCAGCAGUUUGCUGCUGACGUAGGCGCGGACGCGGGAGAGAGGGUCCGACAGCUGAUUUACAACUUGGUGUCAGGGACGCUGAACAUCGAGGAGUUCCAAGCGGGAGUGCAGGAGAGCACCAACUACCCUCUCCGCGCGUCAGUCCCGGGCUUCCUCCGCGCUCUCCUGCCGCUGGCACAGAGGGACUUACAUGCACGAGCUCGGAGAGCUAAACAGACUCCCCUCCAGUACAUCAGGUCGCACGAGCACCUCAUCCUGGAGUCAGGAGGCGACGGCAGCGACAUCUUCGCGACGCCCCAGCCUGCCGGCGAGACCCUCAAGCGAAGAGCCAGUGAACCGUUCUACGACGCCCAAACCAACGGGUCUCACGAGGACUACGCCCCCAUGGCGAAGCGGCCGCCCCCCUCCAGCCUGUUUCUGAACCCCUCACCCUUCCUCUGUCCCCUGCCAAGCAACGCCAGUCUGUUCGACUAUGCGCCCCCUUACCACGCGUACCAUACUCAAGGGGAGAGCGCGUUUGAACGUAGAGAUGGGGGCAUCUCAGUCCGCGACGUGUCAUCAAUGAACGCGUCAUUCUCCGAGCCCCGCUCGCUCGCAGCGCCCCCUGGCGGGAAGGGCGAUGACGAGUGGAAGAACAUCAACACCAUGCUCAAUUGCAUCCUCAGCAUGGUGGAGAAGACUAAACGGGCGCUGGCUAUACUGCAGCAGAGAGGUGUAGAACCAACAGAAAGCAACGACAUCAAAAGGGCCGCCAGCGAGAUCAUGGCGGCGGCCGUGCGCCAGACGGAGGAGCGCGUGGCUGAGGUGCGCCGGCGCGCCGAGGACGCCGUCAAUCAGGUGAAACGCCAAGCCCUGGUGGAGCUCCAACGAGCGGUGGGGGCAGCAGAAGCGAAGGCCUUGGAGUUGGUGGCGGCCGAGAGGAACAAGGUGGAGAGACACCGCCACAGCCCGCCGCCGGGGAGAGACCUCAGUCCCAGCGCCGCUGCUCAGCAGAAUCGCCAGCGCCUUCCCACGAGAUGA